UUGGACACAAAACUCGUGGUGAAUAAGAUCAACGCCAAAUGGGAUCAUGACACACCACACAAUACUCUUCGGGAUAUAUCGGUAUCACUAAAAUCUGGUGAUUUGUUGGCAGUCAUAGGGCCAGUCGGGUCGGGAAAGAGCUCGUUUCUAAUGGCACUGCUUAAUGAGCUACCGGUGCUUAGCGGCGAUAUGCUCAUAUCGGGCACAGUUGCCUACGCGGCUCAGGAGCCCUGGAAUUUUAACGAUAGUGUCCGAAAUAACAUAUUAUUUGGCCGGGAAUAUGACGAGGACAGGUACAAACAAGUGGUAGAGGUGUGCGCACUGGAGAGGGACCUACAAAUAAUGCCUUAUGGUGAUAAGACACUGGUUGGUGAAAAGGGGCUGUCACUGUCUGGUGGGCAGAAGGCCAGGAUUAAUUUAGCUAGAGCUCUGUAUCGAAACACCGACAUUGUAUUAAUGGACGAUCCGUUAAGCGCUGUGGACGCCUCAGUGGCCGAGCAUAUAUUUGAUAGAUGUAUCGUCGACUACCUAUCGGCCAAAAUCCGUAUUUUGGUCACACACCAGAUCCAGUUCGUACGUAAGGCGAGUCACAUACUGGUGCUGGACGAGGGCCGGUGCGCCGGUUACGGCACGUUCGAGCAGUUGCAGGCCCAGGGGCUCGACGUUAUGGCACUGCUCAGCGAACAGGAGAGACAGGCGGCCGAAGAGCAGCGGCAACAACUCCAGCGGACGGUAUCCAUGACCAGCAGUCAUAGCGGCGGUAAAGGCGACCACUCGUUACGGUCCCGGAACUCGUCCCGUACGGCGUCGAUGGCGCUCUCCGAACGGUUUGACGACAUUAACCCUGAGACGAUAGAUGCCGACGAGAACAGCGAUGGCGACCCCCAUAUCCAGGAGGAACAGCGAGAGGUGGGCGCAAUCGGUGGCAGUGUUUACUGGGAGUACGUCAAAGCCGGCGCCGGACCCGUACUGUUCAUAUUGAUGGUGAUAUCGGCCCUCUUAUCUCAGGCCAUAUUUCACGGCUCCGACAUUUUUCUAACUCAAUGGACAUUAAACAAUGUAUAUUUAACCACCCAUAGGACUGAUAAACAGAAAAGUGCGACAGAUCUAAGCGACGACGAGCAGCACCGGGAUGUGUACAUAUACGCCGGCCUUAUCGGUGCCCUAUUUGUUACAACACUCAUACGCACGACCACGUGGUUUGCGAUGUGUAUGCGAGCCUCUAUUAAUCUACAUAAUAAAAUUUUUGUUCGACUAUUACGGGCACCGAUUGCCGUGUUUGACGCAAACCCUGUUGGUCGAAUAUUAAACCGAUUUACGAAAGAUAUGGGUAUUGUUGACGAGCAGUUACCAGCUACUGGGUUUGAUCUAAACAUGAAUUUUCUGCAAUUACUGGGCGUAAUGGUGGUUGUGGCCAUGGUCAAUCCAUACUUAACUAUACCUGCAAUAGGGCUAAUCAUAUUUACCUUUAUUGUACGCAAUAUAUACAUUAAAACGGCCAGGGACAUUAAACGAUAUGAGGGACUAACUCGGAGCCCAGUGUACUCGCACGUAAGCACAACACUAAACGGGUUGGCCAGUGUGCGCGCCUACGGGGCGCAGGAAGUGUUUGAGCGUCAAUUUUACGUGUACCAAGAUGAUCACUCAGCCACCUGGUUCCUAUUCGUGUGCUCAUCACGCGCUUUAGGCCUAAUCACUGAUUGGCUGUGCAUCGCGUAUAUCGUGUCCAUAUCAGUGGUGAUAAUGGCAUUCCCUAAUGCCAUCACUGGUGGUCAGGUGGGUCUGGCAUUUUCAUCAGUAAUUACUACAAAAAACAUUAUUUGCACUAACAAACCCAUAUUUACCAUAGUGUUAAUGCUGGUCAACACCACUCAAUGGGGAGUCCGACAGUCAACUGAGUUUGAGAGCCAAAUGACUUCAGUCGAGCGGAUUGUCGAGUACUCAAAACUACCGCAAGAGGCGGUCGAAACUGCCCCUAUGGCCAGCCCUAUUGGCACCGGUGGCUGUUGGCCGCCGUCCGAGUGGCCACAGGCCGGACAAAUAGUCAUGCAAAACAUGUCCCUAUACUACGAGGGCUCGGAUAAACCGGUGCUGCGAAACCUGUGCUGCGCUAUCGGCGCCGGUGAAAAGGUGGGCAUUGUUGGCCGCACGGGCGCCGGCAAGUCGUCCAUCAUAGCGGCCCUCUUCCGAUUGGCCGAACCCCAGGGACAGGUACUCGUCGAUGGGGUCGACACCAAGAGUGUUGGCCUCCGUGAGCUCAGGCGCCGCAUAUCGAUCAUACCGCAGGAGCCGGUAGUGUUCACCGGCACUGUCAGGCAUAAUCUCGACCCGUUUGGCGAGUUUGCCGACCCGGAUAUAUGGGCCGCGUUGAACGAGGUCCAGUUGGGCCAUACGGUUCGUGAGCUGCCCGGCCAAUUGGACGGCGCUCUCAGCGAAGGCGGCGGCAAUUUGAGUGUUGGUCAGCGCCAGUUGGUGUGUUUGGCGCGGGCUAUACUCAGAGACAAUAGGGUACUGGUGUUGGACGAGGCGACAGCCAAUGUGGACAUACAGACCGACGCACUCAUUCAGACUACGAUUAGGCGUCGGUUCGCCGAUUGCACUGUACUUACGAUCGCUCACAGACUCAACACAAUCAUCGAUUGCGAUCGAGUUUUG